AUGGACACAGACACAGGCAUGCACCAAAACCAGCACAACAACCAACAGUUCAAAAUCCAGCACAACAACCAACACAACAACCAACAGUUCAAAAUCCAGCACAACAACAACAACCAGCACAACAACCACCUCCACAACCAGCACAGCAACCAACAGUUCAAAACCCUGCACAACAACAACCACAAACAGAGCAAGGACAUAAAAGAAGUAGAGAACAAGGAAACCAAGAAUUCUUAA